GCCAAGACCACAUCUUUGCUACAUCUAACCCUGUACCGACAAACCAAAGAGGAGAUCAAUUAUUUCAUGUGUCCUCUCAAGGAGUGAGUGCCCAUUCCAGUGUUCUCAUCAACUACGGUGGUUACAACCCUCAAAAUUAUCCUCAGCAAAAUGCCCGUCCUCGUCAUGGACAGCCAAUUCUCCAUCAGCGAUAUAAUCAGGCAACUUCCAGUCCAAUGCGGCCAAUGGGAAGCCAUCACAAUGGGCAGCCUGCGUGGCCUAGUAGUUUUGGCAUGGGCGAUGGAGUGCCCUGGGGAGGAACAAGAGGGCACUCAUUUACGACAAGGAAGGAUUAUGGGAGCAUCUUUUAGGGUGGAGUUGUGGACCGGAGGAACGUCAUUGAUUCAUUGCAGGCGUAAAUUAUUUGUAUCAGCGAAAUUGGAGUGCGAUGAUUCUGGUUGAUUGUUUUCGAUGUUGUUACUCCAUCCCUCCACUUGGUCCUUUGUGAACACACUGGAUAUAUACACUAUAUGAUCGGUGACAUUAGCACUCCUUUGUAACCUUUUUUAGGAAUCAGAAGUUUGGGUGUUCCCCUAAUUGCUGACUGCAUUGUGGCUGUACUGAAUACUGUACCAUUGUCACCGGUGUAAUAUGAAGGCGUGAUGUAGGUAGACU